AUGGUUCCAAGAAGGACCGUUAAAUACUGCCUUUCGCUGCUGCUUUUGAUCAUCCUGCCUUCCCGACCUGCGUUGGAGGGUGUGUUACCAAGAACUGGGUGUCUUUCCUUCCCCCUAUUUUUCUUCACUGGUCUUUCUUUGUAUUGUCCCUUGCUUUCCUUUUUCUGUUUCUCUUCUUUGUUUCUCUUCUUUUUGUUCUUUCUUUUGAGUGCGAUGACUGGGGCCUUUAUUAAUGUCCAGUGACUGUAGUCUCAUGGGGGUGGUAAAUGGUAGACGCCUGGGUGAGAGACAGGAAAAUGUCGGUCUCCCAGGUGAGAGGCUGGGAGGAGAAAUGAAGGAUUUCUGGUGAGAGCUGGGAGGAACUACGGUCCUCUGUGGGGGGUUAGGGCUAAGAAUUACUUUUAAGAGAGGGCUCCGUAUUCUGCUUACUUGAUUUGUAUUCUCGGUAGUUCUCAUUUUACUGUUUUAUUGAAUAAUUUAAAAUAAAAUCUUAAAAAACAACCAACCAACCAACCAACCAACCAACCCAGAGAAGGCUGUCUUACUUCCUGCUGGAAAUGAAAAGGACAAGUUGAUUGCUAUCCUGUUUAUUUCAAUAGGGCUUCCUAUGUGACUGCCUGCCUUUAGAUCAGGGUCCCUGUUUAUGUUAAGAAAUAUUUCUUAACAGUAGUUAAUCCGAGUGAAGAUAAAUUCCUGAAGUACUCCAUGUGCCCUCUUCAUUCGAAACUACUAUUUCCCACCAGCUUCUGCCCCCUGGGGCUCUUUUGAGUAUGGACCACAGCUAACUCUUCAGUGACGAUUCAUAAUUAUGGGAACUAAUAGAAGCACUCCUAACUUAUUUACCUCAGAGUAAACUGCAUUGAAUUUGAUAGGACUCUCAGGGCAAUUCUAACUAUGUCUGCUCAGGGGUUAGUUUAAUUGACAAUGGAACUUGAAUUAGUCGUAACUAAUUUGUUCCUUUGUUUUCGGUGGGGAUUUUAGUGCCACUAAAGUGCACUGUAAGGUUUCAUACUAAGGAACGAGAGCUAAUCCACACCUCUGGCAAUAAAAUGGAAACUUCCCCCCACUCUCUUUCAGUCUCCAAUGUGGCCCUCACAGGAGAAGCUUUACAAUCCAGCACCUACAACCCGCAAGGAGGAGCUAUGAAUGCCAUUGAUGGGUCUUUAGUUGGUGUAUAUACAGAGGGAUCCUGCACCCACACAGAUUAUGAAAGUAAUCCAUGGUGGACGGUAGACUUGCAGGCGCAGUAUCAAGUAGUCCAUGUAAGCAUCACCAAUCGGGAAGACUGUUGUGCUCACCGUCUUAAUGGGGCUGAAAUCCGAGUUGGGGACUCCACAGAGAGAGGAGGCACCACAAAUCCUAGGUACUGUAUAUGGAUCGGAUACUUUCUAGUCAGGGAAGGGGAAGCUGCGGUCCUCCAGGUGUUACUGUAGUAGCACUCUCAUCAUCCUUAGCCAUUGUCCAUGUUGGUUAGGGUUGCGAUUUGGGAAUUCAAUUAUUUGGAGGGCCACAGGUUCCUUAUUCUGUCUUACACACUGAGGUGUCAUGAGGUACAAUUAUCUCUUUCUGCCCUGUUUUCGUCACAUCCAGGACUGUUUCCAUUCCACUGCAGUUCACUGUCUGCCAAAAGCUACAUUAUUUUGUUUUGCUGUCUGCUGUGGCAAAAUUACAUAAUUUAUGUAUCGUUAAUUCCGUACGUAAAUUAUAUAAGUUACAUUGUCCUAUGAUGCCACCCCACUCAUUUAAAUGUAAAGAAAAUGCAAUGCAAAUUGGGGGAUGUAAUGUAAUCAAUUAUAUAUUGUCUGUGGACUGAAAGGAGCCAAAACAGCAAACGCUGAUCAUAUCCACUGGAUCAAUUUCUGUUCCUCUCAUGGGGUGAAUUUGUCAACAUUGGCCAUUUCCACUUCUAGUUUGUCAACAUUUUCUGGCAUCCCUGCUUUACAGGAUUAUGGCACAGGGAGAACAAUGUAGUGUAUACGUUUCAGACAGAUCCCUAGCUAUUUGAGUUCCCCAAACAUAGCAAAUAUUUGCUCUCUUUCCUGAAAUGUUCAUGUGAUUUCACCUUUCGGAUAAAGUUCUUCAAUUAUUGUUUAACACUGUUUCUUGAUGUUUUCUUUUCUUUUCUAGAUGUGCUACAAUAAGUUCUUUGGAUGCUGGGGAAACACGCAGUUUUUACUGCGAAGCGUCAAAAGGGCAGUUUGUUACAAUUACCCUACCAAGGGGCGGAUACCUCACGCUUUGUGAAGUCCAGGUGUUUGGUCAGAAGAUAGAUUCUAGUGGUAAGUAG